GAGACGCACCCUAGAGAGGAUCGUUAAUCAGCGCCUCCCGCAUCGCCCAUAUCACCUCCUCCACUGCGCCCUUCCUCUCGUCUCAAAGCCCCGGGGUGGAAAGUGAGGCUGCUACUGCUGCCGCUACUGCCUCUGCUGCGGACGGAGACGAAGAACGAAGAUGGGAGACGGCGGAAACCGUGUCUUCAAGAAAACGAGCUCCAAUGGCAAGAUCACGCUUUACCUGGGCAAGCGCGACUACGUCGACCACGUUGAUCACGUGGACCCUAUAGAUGGAAUGGUCAUUCUUGAUCCUGAGUAUCUUAAGGAACGCAAAGCGUACGUGCAGAUAACGUGCGCGUUCCGCUACGGACGCGACGACCUGGACGUGCUGGACAUGACGUUCCGCAAGGACAUCUACGUGAGCACCUUGCAGGUGUUCCCGCCACUGCCCGAGGACAAGAAGCCGCUCACUCACCUGCAAGAGCAACUCAUGAAGAAGACCGGAGGCAACAGCUACCCCUUCGUCUUCGAGCUUCCACAAAACCUGCCGUGCUCCAUCACUCUGCAGCCGGGACCGGAUGACGCUGGCAAGCAGGCCUGCGGCGUGGACUUCGAGGUGAAGGCGUUUUGUGCCGAGAACCUGGAGGAAAAGAUUCACAAAAGGAACUCCGUGCGACUGCUGAUCCGGAAGGUGCAGUUCGCUCCCGAGCGCUCCGUGACUCCGCCCAAGGCGGAGACGACGCGCCAGUUCCUCAUGUCGGACAAGCCGCUCCAGCUGGAGGCCUCCCUCGACAAGGAGCUCUACUACCACGGCGAGGCCAUCCAGGUGACGGUAAACAUCAACAACAGCUCGAGCAAGCACGUGAAGAAGAUGCGGCUCUCGGUGGAGCAGAUCACAGACGUCGUCCUCUACUCCCAGGACAAGUACAUAAAGAGCGUCUGCGUGGAGGAGCCCACGGACACUGUGGGGCCGGCUAGCACCUACUCCAAGGUGUACAGCAUCGUGCCCAUGAUGGACGUGAACGUUCGCGAGAAGAGAGGAGUGGCGCUCGAUGGGAAACUCAAAUACGAGGACACCCACCUCGCCUCCACCACAAUGUUGGUGGAGGGCAUGGACAAGGAGGUGCUGGGCAUGAUCGUGAGCUACCAGAUCCGAGUGAAGAUCACCGUGGGUCGAGGAGGAAUUUUGGGAGACCUGGCUGCCAGUGAGGUGUUUGUCGACCUGCCCUUCACACUAAUGCAUCCGAAGCCAGUGGAAGGCAUAAAAGAAGGCGACAUCAUCAUCGAGGAGUUUGCUCGCAACACCUGUGACGGCAAGAAAGAGGUGGAGGAUGAGGCGGCCGAGGCCGAGGGGUGACGUCACACCCCCCCCCCCCGUCACGUGACACCCCCUCCACGUGCUUCGUCAGGAGGGGGAUGGGUUGCCCGUGUGUCGUCACAAUCAAGCCAGCCGUCGAUCAUCAUUAUACCUGGAGAAUAGUCGGCGUAAAGCAAUCACGUGUAGUAUUAUUAUUAUUGUUGUUGCCAUUAAUUAGGAAGCUAUUAAUGAUCAGAUUGUAUUAUUAUUAUUAUUAAUCCGCUGGUGUACUUGGGAAGCAAAGCUGUGUGUGCAAGAGGGCGAUGUUGCUGCUGCUGCUGCUGUUGUGUCUGUGUGUGAUGUCGCCAUUGAGUAGCUAGCAGGUUAAGCUGUCAGCAUUGGGGGUGUUAUUGGUCAAUAUCACGAAUACACUGUAUGGAGAACCCGGAGGAAAACCCAUGCAGCAGUACAGGCGGGAGGUAGUGGGAGGGAACGUACAGACUCCACACAUGGUGGGCGUCAGUCGGGAGUUGAACCCAGGCCCUUCUGGCUGUGAGGCGUGAGUGCGAUGAGCACUGGGGUCACCUCGCUGCCCCGUUUCAAUUUUUGAUUGAUUCAGCAUCCACCGAUUCGCCCUUCUAUGGCCUCCUGCUACCAUGGUUGCCGCUGCCGUCAGCUGCUUCACGCAUCGAGAUGCACGCCCAUGUUGAGGUGUGGGGCUGUACCAGGCGGUUGGCCUCGCCUCUGCCGUGUUCGUCCACCAAUCCUGCAGGUCGCAGCUGGUCACUCACCUCGCAGACUCACUCACUCACUCAUCCAUUCACUCACACACACGCGGACUCUCACUCAUCCACUCACACACACACGGACUCUCACUCAUCCAC